AGGGUUAUCCAUUUUAACGGUCGUACAUACAAUUACUCCAUCUUACAAGACCUUUACGACCAGGGUGCUUUUGUUACGGCAGUUGCUUCUGUUGGUGCGGGUUCAGUCUCAUGCACGAUUGGAUUCGUAGAUGGAGCUUAAAUAAACUCCAUAAACUCUCAGUUAUACUUACUUCUUAGCAGGGUGGAAGGCACCUCUCUUCCUGUCGUACAGCAAGCGGUCUUUCACAAAAAUGGCACAACCUGGGCUCCCAAUCGAGGCACUGCCCGCUUGGGCUCUGCUCAACGGCAUCACAUUCCCGCAUGUCAAGGUCACCAACAUCGAAGGGAAAGGCUUUGGCGUAGUAAGGGAUGGAGAGCUCCAACCAGAGGUUCCUCUGAUGACGGUCCCAAACAGCCUCGUUCUCAACGUACAAGCUGUCGAUGAAUAUGCCAAAGAAGACAAGAACUUCAAGCAACUGUUGGGUGCUGUUGGACAUCAUUCAGCCAGAAGGGAUAUAUUAUUAUUUCUCCUUGUCCAGUUGGUUCUGGCUUCCAAAACACACCAAGCUCCAGUGGGCGUCUCAAACCCAUGGACCGAGUACAUCAAGUUCCUACCCAAAACGGUCCUCGUACCCACACUGUGGACAGAAGAUGAGCGGCUACUUCUCCGGGGUACAUCUCUCGAGUCAGCCGUGAAUGCAAAGAUGACGGCCAUUACUGCCGAGUUUGAUGCGGUCCGGGAGGCCGCAUCUAGCCUCCCGAGCUGGAACGACGUUCUGUGGCCAUACGAAGACGGCAAUUCUUCGGCAUCUCUACGCAGUUGGAUUCUUUUAGAUGCGCUUUACCGGUCUCGAGUCCUCGAGUUGCCGAAGUCGGGAGAGUCCAUGGUGCCAUGCAUUGACAUGAUCAACCACUCGACCCGUGCGUCGGCUUACUAUGACGAAAACGCCAAAGACGAGGUAGUCCUUUUGCCGAGGCCAGACAGCAGCAUUUCACCUGGUGAGGAGGUAACUAUCAGCUAUGGCGAUGCCAAGCCGGCUGCAGAGAUGCUGUUUAGUUACGGGUUUAUAGAUCCGGAAGCGACUGUUGAGAGUCUUGUGCUCCCUUUGGAGCCGUUUGAGGACGACCCGUUGGCAAAGGCCAAGCUUUUCGCGUUCAAGGACCUGCCCAAAGUUCUCGUGGCUCGCGACAAGGGUAGCUCUGCCGUUUCAUGGAACAGCCCAUUCGCCUACCUCAUGUGCGUGAACGAGGAGGAUGGCCUCGAUUUCCGGGUGCUACAGGACAGUGUGGGUGGCCGACAGCUCCGUGUUUUCUGGCGAGAGGAGGACGUUACAGACCGGAUAGGGGACUUUGAAACCCUUAUCCAGAACUAUGAGGUAUCUACACUUAUUAAGUUGCGCGUUGUCACUGUGGUCCAGGAGCGGUUGCAGCAGCAGCUUGAGAGAGCGCAGUCUUCUGCGGAUCUCGCUUCACUCCCCAUCGGCGACGUUGACCUGAUGAGGGACGAGUGUCGUCAGGCUGCUUCUCUUCUCAGGAGCAUCGAAACCGAUCUUCUAAAAGUUGUCAUAGAUGACUUGGAGAAAGAGAGGCGUAUGCUACUGGCUGAUGAAAACGUGGUGGCAUAUCUCGGAUCGAUGGAAACUGCCGAAGCUGACUUAGUUGGCGAGGAGGCGUCCAAUGAGCCCGACGACUUCAGUUGACGAACCACACACUUUUGAAAUGGAGACUGCAAGGCAUCGUGAUGCUCUCUGAUCCAAAUGUCUGGAGGUUUCUUGGUGAAGGUUUCUUUGUGAAAUUCUCCUUGUGAGACUUUAUUUUGGUAUGAUCGGUUCGUAGGCCCAGAUAGGAGAUUGUGUAAACACCAAACCAUGAGCUCAAAAUAUACGUACAUCGACGAUGCCGCCG